UGGCAAGACGACACGUGAAGAUCGCAAUAAACACGCGCCUGAAUUGAGUCAUGUCGAAGCCCCAGGCAACUCCAACACAAAAUGAAGCACAAGCCGCGCAUACAAAUGUGAAUGAGCGGAGGGGCUUGGUCUGGGUCUGUGGAAUUCUCCUGGUGCUGGUGGCUACUGCGGCCGCUUACUUUGUUUGGGUGUUAACCCAAAAUACUGUUGUUGCUAGCAACGGCUUGCGCAUUCUUGAUCGCAGCGAGUGGAUGGGGGAGCCCCCAAGUGGAUACCAACAUUUGGUAACUCCAGUGUACAACGUUAUUAUACAUCACACCGCCACAGAGGGAUGCGAAAGCGAGGACGUUUGCAUUUUCCGCACGAGAACGAUACAGAAUUUUCACAUGAACUCUUUGGGGUUUACGGACAUUGGGUAUAACUUUCUUGUUGGCGGCGAUGGGCAAGUGUACGUGGGACGUGGCUGGCAUGCUCAGGGCCAGCAUGUGCGGGGCUACGGGGCUGUGUCCAUUAGCAUUGCCUUCAUUGGCACUUUUGUGAAUGUGAAGCCGGCUGAGCAGCAAGUACAGGCAGCCAAGCGACUAAUGGAGGAAGGAGUGCGACUGCAUAAGCUGCAUACGGACUACCACAUUUAUGCGCAUAGACAACUAAGCGCCACCGAAAGUCCUGGCGAGAAACUCUUUACGUUGAUGCAGCACUGGCCGCGCUGGUCGGAGAAUGUGACAAAGCUGCGUGAACUCAAUAACGAGCCGCUGAGGUUUGUCACACGAGAUGCUUGGCUGGCUCAGCCAUCAGUGCAGCCCAUUAAGGCCUUGGCGCUACCUGUAAAAAACGUGCGCUAUGUGUCAACAGCAACGGAAUCCUGCCGAACACAAGCAAUGUGUACAUUAAGAGUGCGUUUCUUACAAGCCCUUCACAUCGAGAGCCACAGUAAAAAGGACAUUAACUACAAUUUUUUGGUUGGCGGCGAUGGUAAUGUCUACGUGGGCAGAGACUGGGAUUAUGCCUGUGAAAAAUUUACGUCGGAGGAGACGUCAUUCGAGGGCUUGCUGGUGGGCUUUGUGGGCAAUUCGUCUGUUACGCCUAGCCAGAUGAGUGUGGCAAAGGAGCUGCUAACGCGUGGCAUCAAGUUGGGCAAGUUGCACGAGCAUUAUCAACUGAUUGAUGAGCUCAAGUAGUCAAGAUCACAUAAUAAUUUUAAAAGUUGUAC